AUGGGAUCGCUACGAACGUCUUCGCGUCGACUACUGGAUACUCUGCGUUGUCCAACAUGUUCGAAUCACCCCUCCUCAUCGUCAUCGUCAUCGUCAUCUUCUUCCACCUCAUUUCCAAUCCCUUAUCGACUCUCAACGGCUUCCCGAUCUCCGGUUUCGAUACGACACCUCACGCAUUCAUCGGUUCGAUUGAAUUCAAGAGCGUCGUUUAGACCUCCCACUAUUAGACCCCCUCCAACUCUGACAGGUGAGAUAUCAGGACUGGAGAAUAGAAGAUUGAAUUAUGAACAGGCUCGUCAAGCUUUGGAACUUAGUAGAAGAAAAUUGUAUAAAGAAAAAGCCGCUAAAUCGAAAAGCGCUGUUCUGUAUAGUCUUGGCGUGAUCGUAAUUUCAUUAGGAGUAACAUACGCAGCCGUUCCAUUAUAUAGAGCGUUCUGCUCUGCGACAGGAUUCGGUGGAACACCCAUGACUGAUCCAACCAAAUUCUCACCAGACAGAUUAUAUACGACGCCUGAAACGGAAAACAGAAAAAGGAUAACAGUCAGAUUCGAAGCGACUUCAGCAGAUACGUUACCAUGGAAUUUCCAACCUGUUACGAGAUCAGUCAAGGUUUUACCAGGCGAAACGGCUUUGGCUUUUUAUACAGCUAAGAAUUGGGGUAAAGAAGAUUUAAUCGGUAUAGCAACUUACAAUAUGACCCCUGAAAAGAUCGCUCCGUAUUUCGCUAAAGUCGAAUGCUUCUGCUUUGAAGAACAGAAAAUACGGGCUGGCGAAGAAGUCGAUUUACCCGUUUUCUUCUUCAUAGAUAGGGAUAUAAUGGACGAACCUGCGUUAGAUGGUAUAGACGACGUUGUACUAAGUUAUACUUUCUUCAAAGCACGACGUAACGAAAAGGGUCAUCUCGUACCGGACGCAUCAGAAGAAGUGAUUCAGAAAUCUCAAGGAUUCGAGAAUUAUGAAUUAGCAAAGAAGGAACAUAAGUUGUAUCCACCACCUUCGUCAACUACUACCCCAUCAUAG